CAUCGAUUAUACCAUAUACCGUAAUUGACUUCCGCAAUCUUCAACCUCAAACUCUAUCGGGUUGUACAUUCCAGUUAUAUUUCAACAAUUUUGUGCUUAUCGACUGGAAAAUAAGCCAUCAUCAUGACACUGAUGCAGCUUUUUGGGUCAUUGUUUAUCGCAUAUGGGCCAGCAUUCUCUCUCUUUCUCUUCACCAUUGCAAGAGAACCUUUGAGGAUUAUUGUUAUGAUGGCUGGAAUGUUCUUCUGGUUAUGUUCCCUAUUGACUUCAUCUGUGUUAUGGUUUGUUGUCUUGCCUUUGAAAGGACAAAUAUCAUUUGGACUGACAUUCUCUAUUUUAUUCCAAGAAAUAUUCCGCUUCAUUUAUUACAAACUUCUGAGAAAAGCUGAAGAUGGUUUGCAGCAGUUUAACCAGACGUCACCAGAACAACAACAACAACAACAAGCUCGGACAGUCAAUGGGGAUAGUACAUCAGAUAAAGCUAGGCAUGGAUAUGCUUAUGUUGCUGGACUUGGAUUUGGUACAAUGAGUGGAAUUUUCUCCUUUAUCAAUGUAUUGGCUGAUUCCAAAGGACCAGGAACUGUUGGUAUCCAUGGUGAUCCUCAUGAUUUCCUCAUUACAUCAGCCUUCUUAACAUCGUGUUUCAUCUUGCUACACAUCAUGUGGAAUGUUAUCUUUUAUUGGGGUUUUGAGACAAGACGUUACUGGGCAGUGUUUAUUGUCGUGGCAUCUCACUUCCUUGUAUCAGAGCUGACUCUGUUGAACAAGGAUCAGCUUUAUCAAGUCACUCUGCCUAUUGCCUACGCCACACUGGCCAUCAUGUCUCUCUUCGCCUUCUUCAUCGCUGGAGGAUCCAGCCGCAGUAUUAAGCAAGCUUUCUCAUUACAGCGAUCACGAUACGCUCUCUAAAUCAACUCGAUGCCUCCUUCAUCCACUUGAUAUACAUGUGAAAUACUUAAUAGUAAGAAAGAUUGAUGUUGUAGAUGCCCUAUUGGAUAUUGGUCCAGCUUAUUUCUUUUAUUUUGUAAUAGUUAUUCACCUGGAAUGUUUUUUUUUUAAAUAAGUUUUGAUUCGACUAGUCCUCCUUGCCACCAUGGUGCACUGUAAACAUACUAUGGAGUGGUACAAACAAUCUUAUUGUUGACGGUCAUCAGAACCGUCGUAUCACACAUACGACAUUGCAAACCCAUUUCAGAGAUAAUCAACUUCAAAGUUUACUAUUAUUUUCACAAUUAGUUCCCCAGCCUUGCAACAUAUUCAAUGCCAGAGAAAUACAUCGUUGGAAAGACCAAGACAAUUGCUUGACAUUGGAAUCAUUUUAACACAAAACCAAGAAUCAGAGAAAAUAUCGCAAAAGAGCUCCAUGCUUGUAAUUUCGGUUUGAGCGGAUUAGAUUUCCCCUGUACAAAAACCCCUUAGGGGAUACAACAAUAGUAAAAUCAUCUGGCAUCCCUAAUGAAUUAUGCAUGAAGUUUGGGAUAUAACAGAUAUGGUAUUUGAACAUGUAAUGGAUGUUCGUUGUGACAUAAUUCCAUGAGAAGGUGCAAUGAUUUAGUUUCACAGCAGUGUCUUGUUUAUACAUGUAGGUUCCUGUUAUUCCCCAGGUCUUGUACCAGCCAAUGCAUCUUUUUAGACUGAAAUUAAUUUAUUUUACCAUUACAAAACGGUCACAAUACAGAGAUUAGACAGCUAUUCAUAAGUUUCAAAUAAGCCAGAAAGUGU